AUGGAAAUCAAUGUAGACCCGCAUUACUUUCACCUUAUCGAAAGUGGUGCUAAAACCGUGGAAGGAAGAUGUGGCACUGAACGAUACAAAAAUCUGCAACCUAACGAUUUUAUCAUGUUCGUCACCGACGAUGAUAACACACGCCUCCCCGCAAAAGUGUCCCUUAUCGUGAAGUACCCCUCAUUCAAGGACAUGCUCACCAACGAAGGGAUUGAAAACUGUCUUCCUGGAGUAUCCGAUCUUGACGAAGGUGUCAAAAUCUAUAGGUCGUUCCCUGGCUAUGCCGAAAAAGAAGCGGCCUUUGGCGUUAUCGCGAUCCGAUUCAAACUUAUUUAA